AUGGACUCGACAAUCAAACACAGAAACUCAGAGCAGACAUUCACAUUCGUCACUCCUCCAGCAGAUGCUCCUAUUGAAGUAUUGAAUGAUUUCUACUGGACAACCGACGCAGAACCACACGCGCUUCGUCGGAAAUUGAUUCUUGCAAAAUACCCCGAAGUGAGAAAACUCACGGGCUAUGAGCCAAAGACAAAGUGGUACGUUUUAUUGGUGGUCCUUUUACAGUUGUCAGUCGCAAGCUAUCUCCGAAACACGCCAAUUUUAUCAUGGAAGUUUAUCACUUUGGCGUAUGUUCUUGGUGCAACUGCGAACCAAGCAAUUUUCCUUGCAAUACACGAAUUGAGUCACAAUCUAUUGUUCAAAAAGCCCUUGCAUAACAAGUUGUUUGCUAUAUUCACAAACAUCCCCAUCGGAAUCCCCUACUCUGCCUCCUUUCAACCAUACCACCAAUUACACCACAAAUACCAAGGCGAUGAAUACUUGGACACCGACUUGCCAACUCGAUUUGAAGCUAUUGUCAUGUCCAAUCUCCUAGGAAAAGUGUUUUUUGCAACUUGUCAAAUAUUCUUCUAUGCGCUUAGACCCAUGUUUAUCACGCAGAUAAAGUUCACCUAUAUCCAUUUGCUAAAUGUGGUACACCAGAUUGGCUUCGAUUACCUUUGGGUAAACAUCUUUGGAUGGAACAGCUUUGCUUAUUUCAUUAUGAGCUCCUUCUUAGCAGGCUCGUUGCACCCAUGUGCCGGUCAUUUCAUUGCUGAGCACUAUGUGUUGAGUGAAAAUAACAAGCCUAGGAGUGAAAUCCCAGUACCUCCCGAGACCUACUCCUACUAUGGCUCUCUCAACUUGGUCACUUGGAAUGUGGGCUACCACAAUGAACAUCACGAUUUCCCGUAUGUUGCUUGGACAAAGUUGCCUGAACUUAGACGCAUUGCAGCAGAGUUUUAUGACCCAUUGCCCGAAGUUAAAAGCUGGUGUGGAGUGAUUUGGUCGUUCAUCUUUGACGAUGUGAACACGCUAUGGAACAGAGUGAAGAGGAAAGGAAAGGAAAAACAUGGACACAAAAUAGACAAUCUAGAUAAAAAUCAGGACGCUUAA